AUGGCAUCAACAUUAGAAAACUGUACUCAAGGAAGCAAGGAGGAGAAAGAUUUUCAAGAAAGCAUUAAUAAGGCAUCAUAUUUGAAGGGUGAUGCUGAAUUUAAAAAGAUAUUUGGAGGGAUAUUUGGUCACACUAAAGAUUUGAGAGUUUGCCUUACUCGGAUUCCUGACCAUUUGGGCUCUGGAAAAGGUUUUGAUUACUUUAGUAGUUUGAUGAAGAAUGGUACAUGCAAAGAGACAGUGUUUGUGGUGAAGGAAGAGGAAAACAAACAGAAUUUUGGUAAGAAAAGAAAAGUAAAAACUAUUACGAAGACGGAACACACAAAGAAGAGAAAAACUGAGAGCGUUUUUAAGACAGUCACUAAUGGGGAAACAAAUGUCACCACUUCUGAACCCCUUAGAAGUAUUUUGCCAACUUCAAAUAUAUCACAACAUAACAUUCUCCCAAGCCACAGCAAAACCAGAGAAGAAAAGAGAACCGAUAUAAAAUGCUGUUCCCAAGAGAAGCAGCGGAAAAGUGCAUUGAACUCAAAUGUAAUUUUUGACCAAAGUCAUUCCUUUCAUAAAAGUUAUACUGAAGAUAUUUUCCCAGUGACACCACCAGAAAAGGAAGAAACCAUCAGAGAUGAAAAAAUAAGAAGACUUAAACAGGUGCUGAGAGAGAAAGAAGCAGCUCUUGAAGAAAUGCAUAAGAUGCAACAAAAAUAA